GACGCUAUUAGUAUUUUCUUGGUUGUCCCUGAAGAGUUAUCCUUACCUGUCUCCACAAAAAUUAUUAAACAAGAAAAACAACAACAAACAGUCACAUACCUGUGUACACCAGUGCUAGUAAAUGAAGUUCCUGUGGUUUAGAUGUGAUAUUAUAAUUACCUCCACUGCUCUAGCAGUUGCUGUGAUAGCCGUGGCACUAGCAGGAUUCCUGAUAAAGAAAGAACUGGACGAUUCGGAUAACACCGAAAGACAUUGCAGGAUGACGGAUGAAGCUUUGUCAAGUCUUGAGCGUUUCAAGUCAGAGAACCACACGGCCUUUGUUCUUGGCUACUCUGGGGAGGUUGGCAAAGCCCUUGUUGAGGAGCUGAACCAACUAAAAGUUUUUAAACGUGUGGUUCUGAUUGGCCGGCGACAGGUGCCAUUAUCUGUUGGACCAGAAUUUGAACAGCGUGUUGUGGACUUUGAGAACCUUGAUGACCAUAAGGAUGCUUUCAAAGAUUUGGAUAUGGGGUUUUGCUGCCUGGGCACCACAAGGGGGAAGUCUGGAGUGGGCCAGGUGGAGGAGGCCCUGAAAGUGAUGCAUUUUGACCGCUUGUCCAUCUACCGACCCGGACUCUUGAUGGUCGACCGCCAGGAGAGCCGCCCCAUGGAGGCGACCUUGCGCACCCUGCUCCGUCCAGUGUCCUACUUCUUCCCGACGGCUGUCACCACACCCGUCAAGGUGAUGGCAUUGGCCAUGAUCAACAACGGCAUGGUGGCCGGCGACAAGGUAGAGGUCUAUGACAACAAGGCUAUCCACCAGCUGUCGGGGAUCUCGAAAGGUUGCCCGAUGAAGCGAAGCGCAUCUGCUCCAGAGAGCACGAAGACCAAAUAAUAUGACAACACACCUUUCGAGGCCAUGCCAACUGUGCUUACGAUGUGUGUGCUUCUGGCCUGUAUGUGCUGGUUGUGUGAAUAUUCACAGACGGGAGUGAUUUAGAGACUUUCUUUUUCUUUCUUUUUUUUUUUUUUUCCCAUUUAAGUUUUGUUUGUUUAAGUAAAAGAAAUUAAUGUUUUUAAGAACAGUGGAUGUCAUGGUCAAUAGCUGAUUGCAAAGAUAUCAUAUAAUCUCUAUUUUUGUUUUAAGAAAAUUUGAGCUGAACAAAUAUGGAAAGGUGAUGAGACUUUUGAUAUGUUGUUCAGCCAGUCAAACUUGGUGGCUUGAUAAAAUGUAUGGAGAUUCGGACACGUUUGGAUUUAUGUAAAGUGGCUAGGAGUACUGUAAUUCACUGUUGUGAAAACUACCAAUCUGUUUGAUGACGUCAAGAAAAUUAAAAAUGAAAGAAAAGACAUCUGUAUUCAUUCUUCUGAGAAAUUUAUUUUGCAGUGAUUCAGAACUUUUCUAUAUUACCAGUGGCUCUUAUUUUCUGUUUGGCAACAUAUAUCCAUUGAUCAAUUGUCGGACAACUCUUAUGUAAAACCAAAUGUAUAUUUUGAACUGACUGGUCAUUGAAUAAGCUGGGUAAUAUGUGGGGUGUAGAUAAGGCUAUAUUUCCCUCCUUUGUCUCUGGUGAAUUGUGGCUUGUGUUGACUGGUUGUGUCACACAGGAGUUGGGGUGGGAAUGCGGAGAGCAGUUACAGCUUCCAAAGUGAAAGUCAAAGGUCACAGUUCAGUAAGAACAAAUAUUUUUCGUUUUGUUAUAAUCUGUUGCAAGUUCAUUUUGUGUAUAUUGUUUCUUUUUUAUCUUGUGUUCUCUUGUAGAAAUCUUCUGUUUUAUUGAAGUAUUUUCCUUAUUUUUUAAUGACCCGACAAGUGAUUUUGUUGUUUUCAGAUGAAAAUUUGAAAGUGCCAAGGCACAUUAUGUUGCGUGUAUUUUUUAAUGGCAAAUUGUAAAGGUGUGAAGAGGCAGAUGGCAUGUUUGUCAUUUUUACAAAAAUUAUUUUGAUUUGCUCAUAACGUCUGCUGGUGUAUGCUUGCAGCAUCUUUGUAUAUCGACAAAUCAUUAACGGUUUUGAAAAAAAUUUCAUUCUUGCAAGACAAAGGCCUAUUUUAUUUUUUACUGUUGACAAUGUAUUUUUUAUUUGUUUGUUGCAACUUCUCUGCUUUGACCGAUAUGUCAAUCUUCUUCAACAGUUUGAAUGUAUAACUUUGUAAUGCAGACUGGUGGUUUGCUCUGUUCGUUAUACCAUCGUCUUGGUUUCUCUUGUAUGCAAUUUUGUGUAGCAAAGCAAAAGCACUAUUUCUCUUUGUGAUGUGUUCAUGGUGCCUCUGGUAAUGUUUUCCGACACGGCCAUUAUGUGGAUGAUAUUGAUAUCGAUAUGAUGAUGUAAUUCCUGUUCAAUUUUUUCAUGUGCGUGGUCGGAGGGCUCUGCUGGUUGGUUCUUUACUAUUUUACUAUCUCUCCAUUUCUUUCUUUGUGUCUGCCUUGCUUCUUCCAGCACUGAGUGACCCCUAUGAUGUUGAUGUGCUGCUGCUUUUACUAUGUCGUAGAAAAAGGUCUACUGGAUCCUCAAUACAAUCAGGAUUUGAACAAUGAAACACUUAAGUAACUCAAAGAGGCGCAACUCUAGCCUAAAAAUUAUUUAGUGUCACUUGAGUUGAGAGGAAAGAAUUAUUAUGGUAAAAGAGGUGCACGGCUUUGAUUUUAAUUGUUUUUAGGAGUAAGAAUUAGUCUGGGGUUGAAGAAGCAAAGGAGGAGAGGGGUUACUGGCUUUGUUCAUUCCCCGGUGCUACCUGUGGUUUGUCUGCUGUCUGCUGAUUGACCUCACAUAAACAAAGCAGGCGGGACCUGUUGUAGUGCAGGUUUUCACAUUAGGAUAUCCCACCCUGCCAUACUGGCCUUCCAGAACUGUGAGUCUUUCAAUCGAGACCUGUUAGUUGAGCUGACCGCCGUGGUGUUAGUAGGGUUUACAGGCUUUGUCUUCUGCGCUUAAGUUUGGAGUUUGAAUCUGAGGGGGAUUUGAACUAGUUUCCUUCAUUUGUAGAUGUAGAAUACAUCCUCUCUACUUGUUGUUGUACGAGGGAAAUUAUAUCCAGCAGGGUGUUAAAUUUCAACAACAGCUUUUGAUUUUUAGAUUCUCGCUUUAAAAAAAAUAUUUUAAGGACAAAUUCAGGGAUGGAGGCUCUCACUCGAAGGGCUCCAGGUUGCCGUAUGGUGUGCUGAAAGUUAUGAGGCAGUGAGUGCUCUUUGCUUGUUAUUUACUUUGUAAGGGAAAAGUUACCACCUUCGGAAACAGUCGUUUAGCUUUAAAAUGUAGGAAACGUGUGUUCAGAAAAUUUCACUUUUUUGUAGUGGGAAAGCCUCUUUAUUUUCAAAGUACAAAGUGAUCUGAAUUUGAAAGACUAUCCUAGCACUUACUGUAUCCAAAAUUCUGGAACUGAGAGAAUUAACUCUUUAAGCCCUGAGUUUUUUCCACCGUUUCUGGGAGUUUUUUUCUGCAGUCACCAAAACCUAGUGCAUUAUGUCUUGUUACAACCCCAAAAACUUGCCUCCAACUUCUAAAUAACGGAAACAAAGGCUUAGUCAUUACUAAAAAA